CGUUGAGACCAAUUCAUUAAUUUUCGAAAUAAUCAAUUUUUAUAUUUGCGUGCGAGAAUUGGCGACCCUUGGGUUUGUCUCAUUGGAGUGAUUUGUAGCUUCUCGAGCUUGCCGGAGGGAUUGGAGAAGAACAGCAACAUUUCUCGGAUAGAUUGCAUUUUGGGACAGCUUGCCCUUGGGACAUGGCUAGAUGAUUGAUCCCAAUAUUCAUGUGAACGUUACCAAGGAGAUUGACCACCAAAAAUGACCGACAGCGCCCGCCAUGACAAGCAAAAGAGCCCCGGGCCCUUGGACGAUAUCGAAACAAAUCCAAGCGGAUAUAAUUUAAAAGUCCCAUUGGCGGCACAGGCACAUGCAGCACAGGACGAAUCCUUGGGCGGUACGAAUGGUACCGAUACCGGGGUCAUGUCCAGUGUCGGCAAUAACACUAGCAAUGACAUCUAUGGAGAGCUCACCAACAACCCAACGACAGAUGCAUUUUCGGAAUUCAAUGAUGCGUCGGCGCUCAUAAAUGGCGACAUUAAUAGUGGCGAUAGUGGUUACGCGCCCUCGUCGGCAGGCAUCAAUGCUUGGUAUGAUCAAGCCAGUGAACAAGAGCCAACUCAGAGCCUGCCGGCUCUUAUCGAUGGCUAUCAUCACGACAUUGACGCUCGAGCUGGGUCCUCGGAUUUAGGCAAAGAGGAGUCAACGACCAGAAGUCAGACCGCUGACGGAACAGCGCAAAAAUCGUCUGCCACAUUUAAGCUACAGCCCGCUACAAAAGAGAACAAUCCAGCCACGUUAUUAGCAGCCCAAACACCUACAACUUCCUCUUCAAUUCCCUCACUGCCACCUUCUCAGCUCGUGUCACACAAUUCUCCAGCCCCGUUUCCUGUAGACCCCGAGGUGAAGGAUCAGGCACCUUCAUCUGCGCGGUCCAGCCUAGCGCCCCACUCCCUUUCAACUAAGCUAGACGUGCGUCCAAGGUCUUCAAUACCAUCAAAUAUCUUGCCGGAAGAUUACGCGCAGCAGUGCAUUCAUGCUGCUUAUUCCUCGCGACUCAAUCCAUUCGCGCUCCAUCCCGAUGAAUAUCAGAUGCUGCGAGAACACAUCAAUGGCCUUCAAGUCACAAGCUACCUCAAUAUUCGAAAUGGAAUUCUUCGACUAUGGGUUCGAAACCCCCUAGUGGCCGUUACAAAGGAGGAGGCAGCUGGCUGUGCCAAAGAUUACCGUUGGUAUAGCUUGGCAGAAGUUGCGUACGAGUGGCUUGUGCGCCGGGGUUAUAUUAAUUUUGGCUGCGUUGAAGUUCCGGCUAUACCCUCGACCAGUUCGAGUCCCAGCAGCAACGGCAUCGCAAAACCUAGACGUGAAACGAUAGUCGUAGUUGGCGCAGGUAUGGCUGGCCUUGGUUGCGCCCGGCAAUUAGAGGGCCUCUUUACACAGUUUGCAGACUACUGGACCUCACAUGGUAAACAACCACCAAAAGUGGUAGUCGUUGAAGGUCGAGGCCGCAUAGGAGGACGGGUGUAUUCACAUCCACUACGGACUCAGGAGAAUGAGCGCAUCUCGAAGAGGCUAAGAUGUACGGCUGAAAUGGGGGCACAAAUAAUUACGGGCUUUGAUCAUGGUAAUCCAUUGAGUAUAUUGGUCCGUGGACAACUUGCACUUCACUAUCAUCCCAUGCGGGAUAAUUCUGUUCUGCACGAUGUAGAUGGUUCUCCGGUCAACAAGGAGAGGGACAUUCUGGUCGAGAGACUUUUCAAUGAUAUCCUUGAUCGCGCAAGUGUUUACCGCCAUAAGCCAAAUAUCCCAAAGACGGCCGAGGGUGACCGAGAACUGAUCGAGAUGGGACGUGAUCCAACUGGUGAGGGUGGUAGAUCAUUGAGUAAAGUGGAAGAAGCUCUUGCCCAGAACAGCUCCAUCAAAUCAACAAUAGUACCAGCGGAGGAAGAAGACAAGCAAAAAGUACCUGCUGGUAUCGACAAAAUGACAGGCAAAGCGCAUGUUGCAUUCGGAUCUGCAUCCAAGGAUCCCGCUGCAGCCACUGCAAAAUCCUUGGGUUGGGCGCUGGGAGUGGGUGUUCCAGAAUCUCAGUCAAUCGACUUGGAUGCCGUUACUUCGGUUAAGCAUCCAACCCUGGGCGCGACGAUGGACGAGGCCGUCAAACAAUACCAGAAACUUUUGGGGCUCACGCCGCAAGACCUGCGACUUGUUAAUUGGCAUUUUGCAAAUUUGGAGUAUGCAAAUGCAGUCAAUGUCAGCCAGCUCAGUCUCGGCGGCUGGGAUCAGGACAUUGGCAAUGAAUUUGAGGGUGAGCAUGCAGAGAUUAUUGGAGGAUACACUCAAGUUCCACGAGGCAUAUGGAGGUCACCUAGCCCUCUUGACGUCCGAUUUAAGCAUGCUGUCAAAUCUAUACAUUAUCACACAGACUCCAAAGACGAUAGCAAAGGAACCACAAAAGUCGAGUGCGACAAUGGUGAAAUUAUCGAUGCCGACAAGGUUGUGGUCACGGCUCCCCUGGGCGUGUUUAAGAAGGGUAGCAUCAAAUUCGAACCUUCGCUCCCAGACUGGAAGCUCGGGGUCAUCGAGCGCAUGGGAUUUGGCGUUUUAAAUAAAAUUGUCCUUGUGUAUGACAAACCGUUCUGGGACGUUAGCAGAGACAUGUUCGGACUAUUGCGAGAACCCGAAUCUCGAGAUAGUCUCGAUCAAAAAGACUACGUCUCCCGCCGAGGACGCCUCUAUCUCUUCUGGAACUGCACGAAGAUCAGUGGUCAACCUACAUUGAUUGCCCUGAUGGCAGGCGACGCGGCGCACCAGGCCGAAGCCACCAAAGAUCAUGUUCUCCUGGACGAAGUAACGCUAGAGCUAUCCAAAAUCUUCAAACCCACGACCAUCCCUAAGCCGCGUGAGACCAUCAUAACGAGAUGGAGUCAGGACCCAUUCGCGCGAGGCAGCUAUUCGUAUGUGGCUGCAGAAACACGACCGGACGACUACGACGUCAUGGCACGGCCCAUUGGGAAUCUGCUUUUCGCGGGAGAAGCCACAUGCGGCACGCACCCUGCUACGGUGCACGGCGCCUAUCUUUCCGGACUACGAGCUGCUUCUGAAGUUCUCGAAUCAAUCCUUGGUCCUAUCCAGAUUCCAACCCCCUUGGUUCCGCCCAAACAAAAGGCGGAAUCGCUGUCCAGCGUUGCCGGACAGAAGCGACAAGCAGAAAAUUCUGCCUUGCGCCAGGCACAUGAGUUGAAGAUUGCCCGUCUCGAAGACUACGAAGCGGCGAUUCAAACCGAGAUUUUCACCAAGCUCGGGCCACGUCCACUGAAACCCGGAAAGCCCGGAGCUAAUCCAUUCUUGCUCUAUCAAAAAGAUCACUGGGCGCCGUGUAAAGCGCGCUGUGAUGAGGCGCGUCGGGUUGCAACGCGCAAUCCGCAGGCCAAAGCAGGCCGCGACGAGAUUCGUGCUGCAUUGGGCCAAAUGUGGAGAGAUGCGAGCGCCGAGGAGAAGCAGCCGUACCUAGAACAGACGGCGUGCAAUAAGCAGGCUAAUAGCGAAUAUGCGGCCGAUUUUAAGAGACGUGUGGAACAAUGGGACCAUGACGCAGAGCGUAUCCGCCAGGAAUAUCGCCAGCAACACCCGAGCCAGGCUGGAGAAGAAGAAAAUCGACUCUGGGAACAAGUUGGCACGGCCAGAUCGAGUGAGCGACGGGCCAAACGCAUCAGUGGAUAUGCAGAAGUGUCCGAUACCGAAAUGGACCUUGAUACGUAAACUGUUCCAUUGUGCAUUCAAAUUCUCCGUUGUAUUUCUUAUGUUGGCUGGUGGGGCCUCGGCGCUAUAUGGGACGGCUGGUGUUUUAGUCUCAUUUGAUUUUCUCUCUUUCCUUUCUUGUUCUCUCAUUUGAAGCAUGCCAUCAAACCGGUUGGUUCGAUUGACAAGUAUGCAACUUUUCUUUGGAUUUUCUCUUCAUUGUACAGUCUCGUACGGUGUAGUAUAGUCAGUGCCUGGUUUUAGGUGCGCAUGAUACCAGGUGG